UCAACAGUCUCGACUGCGUCAUCUCCAGUAGACUCCAAGGAUAUCUGGGAUCCGCCCGAAACUCCCUAUAGCUCGACAGACAAAACCUCCCCGCGAGAUCACCAGACGCCUUUGACCCCGCCAACACCUUCUGUGUCUUCACGAAAGUUACGCAUCACUCCGGUGUCCAAGCUUUCAUUUGGCAUUGAGUCGAGCUCAGUGUCUAAGAGGCACUUUCUCGACGAGAAUGAUGUGGUGCUGCAGAGCGAGUCAUGUCGUCCGCUCAAGCUGUUUCGAGAUAUAGAUAUUGAGUUCGAACCAAUUUCGCAUAAGUACACCCCAGCAAUCUGCGUGAACUACGAUAUCAACCCUUCAUUCAACUUCACUCAUGGUUCUCACAACUCUAUCGCUUCGCGAACCCGAUCCAAGACUAGCAACAAAGAACCAGUGACGACGGGGAUACAUACCGUAUCUGGUAGGGAAGAGGGCAGAGUGGAGGCUCUUCACAACCCGACCAACACGCUUGUGCAAGAAGGACUUCGAAAAUUGCUCGAACACAUCAUACCAUUCGAUCUUCAUGCAAGGCUGGCCGAUACUGCUAGACUAGGGAAAUGCGUCGGUUCUAUGGCGAAGGCACCAUCUGAUCGAUGCAAUUACAAGAGAAAGGUGCAAGCUUCACUCACUGACGAAGAUGGAAUCUUAAAGAGUCUUGCAUCUUGCAAGACCAAAGAUGACUGCGUUGGUAUGCUCAGCCAUAUCAAAGAAGUCAUAGAGGCAGUCAUGUGUCGCACUCAUCAACACGCAGCGAUGAGGCGACUCGAAGAGGAAUUGGGCGAUGUACUACAAGAUGAAUCAUCGAAGGACGUCAUGAUUGUAGAACAAGUCGACCGCUACACUCUGGGGCAGUGGAUCGAUGCUAUCUGUGACCCGCGCGCCUCCAUCAAUCGUACGUCCUGGUAUAAAAACAUUGCAAAGAAUGCCAAGCCAGACGUACUCUUCAAGCCAAGAGCAGCUUCCACUCAGUCACAGAUACAGCAGCCUUGUUCAUCAGAUUUCAUACCAUAUCAGACGGAAAAGUCCAGAGGACAGUCCGUAUCCUCCGCAAUUCGUGAGAAAGCCACCUCUCCGUUAGGAAGCAAGGAUCACUCUUCGGGUUUCGUAUACCUUUAUUGGGACAAGCUCUAUUUCGGCAAGGUGAAGAUUGGGUAUACUGACAAUCUCGCCAGGCGGCUUAAAGAAUGGGACAAAAAGUGCAAGCGUGAGCACAUAUAUCAUUCCAAUACUGCGAGCCAGGUGAAGAUGUCGCAUGUGCAUCGUGUCGAGCAGCUCAUACACGCCGAGCUGAAGGAAUGUAGAUAUCAAAGGCAAUGUGAGGGCUGCGGCAAAUUACAUAAGGAAUGGUUCGAAGCGACGGAAGUGCACGCAAUCAAGGUUUUGAAGAAGUGGCGAGAGUGGAUUUUGCAGGAGCCGUAUGUGCAGGACAAAAAGUCGGGUGAUUGGGUGAUCAGACCGGAGAUGCUCGAUACUCUUGAUCGAAUGUGUGCACCACUGCCUCAAGAGGUGGUUGAACAAGAGCAUCAUAAAAGGAAUGGAGGUCUACAGCGUGUGACGCCGAAGAAGAAGAAGGGCAACCGACGAACGAUU